AUGAGGAUUUGGAGAAGAUCUCCUCUCGUGUUUGUUUGUAUUGUUUUCUCUCUCUCAUGCUUUUAUCAUUUUUUUUCAAAACCAAAUAUCAUUAUAAUCAAUACUGCUACAUCAUUAUCACAUCCAAAGAAUAUAAUUCAAAAGAAGGUUCUCAUAUAUGCUGCGACUAAAUUCUUCCGCAAUACAAUCACAGACAAAGAGUUCCUCGAUGGUUGUCCUCAACAGCAGUCAUUUUGUCAUAUAACAUCUGAUGUUAAUGAUCUAUCAAAAGCUGAUGCUGUUCUAUUCCAUAAUGCCGAUUUUGCUAUCCAAUCAAUACCACCAAAACGUCUAUCAAUACCAUACGUCUUGUGGAGUUUAGAGUCUCCUUAUAACGAUCGAUUCCGUCCAGAUAAUAAUUUUAUAAAUUGGACGAUGACAUAUAGAUUAGAUGCUGAUGUUUGGUAUCCUUAUGGCCAUGUUAAGAAAUUAGAGACCCCAAUUGAUUAUAACUUGGAUGACAUUUGGAAUUUGAAAAAUUCUGAUUUAUCAAUAACUUGGCUUGCUUCCAAUUGUUUUACGGGUAACAAUCGUUUGAAGCUAAUCAAAGAACUAAAAAGAUUGGGCCUAAAGGCUGACUUAUAUGGCAGAUGUGGUAAGCCAGCUCCUGAUUGUGUUGGAGUUGACAGACAGAGCGAUGCCUGUGUUGCUUCUCUCAUAAAGCCGUAUAAGUUCUAUUUUGCUUUUGAGAAUACUAACUGUAGAGAUUAUGUGACUGAGAAAUUCUAUAAAUCUCUGAGUGAGCGCAUGGUUGUUCCCAUAGUGAUGGAGAGGAAGAUAUAUGAAAGCGUUGGGGCUCCAAAUACGUCUUUCAUUGCUAUUUCUGAUUUUCAGAAUUUGAAUGAAUUCGUUAAAUAUAUCAAAGAUAUAGAAAACGAUAAAGAGAAGUACCUCAAACACCAUGAAUGGAGAAAGCAUUACAGGGUUGUACCUGAGCAUCAUAACGAUACGGGAUUUUGUGAACUGUGCCGACGCCUACAAAAACCAUCACCUCCUAAGUUAUACGGUAAUGUUGCUAAAUGGAAUAGUGACGGCAUUUGUGAUCAGAGUUUUGUUUCAAGAUAUUCAAAUAGAUAG